AUGACUGACGUCAAGUACAGAGACAAUGUCGUAUUGACAUGCGCUUUAUGUAAUUAUCGGCUAACUGAUAGUGACUUAAAUCAACUACGUCUUCCGCCCAGUGAGAUAAAUAAGUACAAAGAUUAUCAAACCUCAAAAACGCUCGAUAUUUAUGUAGAGAGUACCCGUACUGUGAUAAAAUGUCCAGAUCGUGCAUGUAAGUGGUUUGCAAUAACUGCUGAUCCCAACGAGAGAUUUAAAGUUAUUUGUGAGGUGUGUCUGACAGAAUUUUGUUCAAUAUGUAAUGAUGCAUAUCAUUAUACGACAAAAUGUGACGAAAUACCAAGGAUAAAACAGCGAUGGUAUCUAUGGUGCAAUCAAGAACGUGGUAAUUAUGUGCGUCAACGCGCUGAAGAAGAUGUUGCAUUUCAGCAACAAUUAGACGACUAUAACCGUGCUGUGGAUCAGAAUCGAAGACAAAAUGAAGAAUUGAAACAACGUCAUGCUCAACUAACACGCGAUGAACUGUGGAAACAAGGAAAAUGUCGAUAUUGUCCAAAAUGUUAUCGCGUCAUCGAAAAGUUAGAAGGUACUGAUAUUUUCACAUCAUAUUUUGUGAACUAA